AUGUCGGACUGGUAUUUAUCGCGGUUUUUCCACAACGAACAUAAGACCAUUCCAUUGCCGCUGAAGGGAAAAGUCACAAUUGGACGCGAACUGGGAUCUACGGUAAGGUUCAAUUCAACUAUGUAUAGACAUAUUUCGCGAAUCCAUUGCGUUUUGGAAGUCAUCGAUGGAGUACCUACGGUCACCGAUUGCUCUUCAAUGUCGGGCACGUACAUAAACGAGAUUUGUUUGGGCAAGUACAUGCCCGGAAGGCAAACGCUCAAAGAAGGCGACAUAGUCAACUUUGGCUAUAACAACCAGGAAAUACAGCAGUACUACAAACUAAAUCAAAGUCUACUUAUGUAUAGAGUCUGCAGGAGACCAAAUGGUGAUGAAGCUAUUACCAUAUCUGACGAAGACGAUGAAGUUGAUGAUAAGACGGUAGGUGUUCCGUCUUCAGAGGGUUCUUCUUCGAAGAUGGAUGAAACUGCAAAACUUUCGAUCAAAAAAGAGAUGCCUUCGUCAAAUGACGAUGAAAAAGAUUCCUCUUCACAGCAACCGCUUCAGCCGAGAAUAGAAUUACCAGUGUGUGUAACUAUUCCGGAAAUAAAUAUAACAAGAUCAAGUUUCGAACAGGACUACGAUAUGUACGUCCAACAAAACCAACAGGUAGUCAAGCACGAAUUAGACACAAAGCAUCGUGUUGCUACAGAUGCUCAGGACAUUACAGUAGUAUUGUCUUCUGACGACGAGUAUAAUGACCAACAGUAUUCCCAGAUACUGUCUAAAGAAAUGAAACUUGAAUUUGACGACGUGCAAGAAGCUUAUGAAUCGGAUGAUGAUUGCAUACUCAUUGAGGAAGCAGAUUUUAGUUUGGCUUCGAAGAUAAAUUCCGAUGCAGAAGCAACGAGUCGAUAUAAGCCCAGAACCAAAGACACAGAUAAAUUUCCAAAGAACACGUCUUCAAAAAAUUCUGUUCUGACACAGCUUAGUGAUAUAGCAAGUAAAAAGUAUUUGGUUGAGAACAAUCUGCAGCUGCAACUGCCGAAGACAAAGCAGUCGAGUACCAAACCGAUUGAAACAAUCUCACAUCCAAAACAAUCACCCAUUAAAAUUUUGCUGAAACGUCGAAAUUCAAUGUCAAAUUGGGAUGUAAUACCAGAUAAAAAUGCCAAAAAAUUGCGGUUUGAUGAUGAGGCUCCUGAUAAGCAGUCAUAUGAGAUACAAAAAUGUUCCAUGAUUUCCAUGCGUCGCAAGUCACUAGCAGAUAUAGGGGCACUAGAACAAAUCACUUUAGAGGAUGCAAAGAAGUUAUGUAAAAAUAGAAACUACCAACUGUCUGCGAAUGUUGAAAAAGUAUCUGGCAAUACCGGAUCUUUGUCGGACAAUUCUAUACGUCGUAAUGUCGGGGUAGAUACGAAUGCAUCCGAUGCAGGCGAGAUCUUGAGAAGAGGUCUUGAAGUCAAAAUGUCAAAUCAACCCUUAAAACGCAUAACGCAGAGAAGAAAUUCUGUUGCGGGUUGGGAUGUUCUUGGAGCUAUGAGACCCGGUGGAACUAUAGAGAUUGUACCACCAGAGAACAAGCUGCAAAAAGAUGAUCCCAAAGAUCGAUUUUAUGGCUCGGAUUCAAAUACUUCUGCACACUCGACGCGUUUUCUGGGGCACAUGGAAGUACUACCGAAAGGUUCAAAAUCGACACAUAGCCGUCCAGAAACUUUAGCAGAAGCUGAUGCUAUUUAUAAAAAAAAGCUUAACCGUCGAUAUAGUGUUUCGGAUCGGAACCCAAUUGAAUCGCAAUUUAAAUCAAACAAAAAAAAAGAACACAAGGAAGAACGCAAUAGUCGUCUUAAAGAGAUUAGUGGAAAAAAGAAGCAAAUUGAUCUAUUAUCAAAAGAAUCUCUACCAACAAGUGUAAAAAAAAGUAGUAUCACCAAACCUAAAGUUAAAUUCACGUCCAAUAACCGUGGAAUGUUUCUCACAAAUCCUGUCCCUCCACCAUCAUCGAAAGCACCAUCCACGUCUCGUCCAACGAUCGUGGAAGAGAGCAUCGUUUGUACACAAUCCACUAUGCUGGAUAUUGUGCCUAAUGAGGAAAUCGAAGAGGUAAUUGAUAUGCGGCCUAAAAAAAUGACCUUUAAAAACGUCGCGCUAGUAAGCAACGUCGAUCGGCCCCUCCCAGGACCAUCAGCAGACUGCAAAUUACCCGUGCGCAUCAGUGCCGCCAAACAACUAGAAGCUCAAUCGGCCAAGUCAGGAUAUAAAAUGCUUCCUUGUGUGGAAAGCUAUGACACAUUUGAAACGUUCAAGAAAAUAUUCAUGCCAUUUAUCUUGCGAGAAAUCUGGAAUGACAUAGUCAUUCACUCCAGAUCAUUUUUGCAAUCUUUGAAGCUUGUAGAUGUUUCCUGUCAAUACACUGGACAAUUUGAUAUUGCACAAAUUGUUUGUAAAGUGUAUGUAAGUAAACAUGUGCAAACAUCACAUCCAAAACCUGAUUGCGGUAUAUUGAAGUACCGAUCGUCUCUCAAUAAAACGUGCAGUUUGUUCGUCUAUAUCAAGCAGCCAUAUUUUUGUACACCAGAAAUGACGAACGUGGAUGAUAUUUUGGUCCCACACGGUGCUCAACUAAUGAAUGUUAUUUUAUACGCGGCGUCUCGUGAACUACCUGGGUUGCGGAGCGGAAGUGAUUUCAUAUUCCAUCCAGUGACAGCAAUCAACUUCUAUUUGCGCCAAUGCAAUGCGCUCUGCAUAUUAAAAUAUUCGCACCUUCUGACAAACAUUCUUUCACCAGCGUAUAACAUCCAACAGACUUCGGCCAUUCUAUCUGUACUACAAUCGAAACCCAUAAUGGACAAUUUGGAGCACAGCCUUAACAAAGAUCAAAGAAAUGUGUUGUCGUUAGUGUUGGGCGAAAUCGGUUACAAGGACAAACCAAGCAUUUCUCUCAUACAAGGUCCGCCUGGAACGGGUAAAUCAAGAGUCAUUAGCUAUUUGGUACUCGAGUUAAUGCGUUUAGUUCCUGUUAAUAAGAACCGAAUGAAGAUAUUGGUGUGUGCGUCUUCUAACACAGCGAUUGAUGUGAUCGUCAAAAAUCUUUUGAAAUUACAAAAAAAUUAUACUAAUUAUGACCGCUGCAAAGUUAUACGAACGGGAACAAAAUGUAAGAUAGACCCUGAAUGCAACGAAGUGUUCAUCGAUAGGUUGGUACAGGACGAGAUUAACCGAGUAAAUCGCAUAGUGGUAAAUAGCGAUGAUGAGCAUUUGAAGAAUAUGUAUCAGAAGGAGCAAAUUUCCAUCCGGAAUAUGCUGCUGCAGGAGGCUGAUAUCGUUUGUACGACACUAGGUAGCUGUUCAAUGCUGGGAUUAUUUUGUAAAAACAUCGAGUUCGACGUGUGCCUCAUUGACGAGGCAAGCCAAUGUACCGAACUAUACACUCUAUUACCACUGCAAUACAACGUAUCGAAGAUGGUGCUAAUUGGGGACGUGCAACAGCUACCAGCGACGGUACUUGAUCGAAAAUCCGUUGAUUCGGGAUUCACUAUGUCUCUUUUUUCUCGCAUAUACCAAUUCUACGAGAGCGAAAGACUAACGCAGAGAUAUUCCAUUAGCACCCAGUAUCGGAUGGAUCCUGAAAUUUGUAAAUGGCCCAAUUCGUACUUCUAUGGGGACCGUUUGAAAAACGACCCUUCGACAGAAGAUCAAAGAAAAUGUAUUCCUCUGCAGCCUUAUAUGGUGAUUAGCUUAAGCUAUGACCAAGAACUGACUCAGGCUCAGCACGAGAUCUACAAUAAGGAUGAGAUUUUGUUCGUCGUGGAGCUGAUGAAGCAGGUAGUGAAGUGCUGUCCAGAGCACACAUCAUUCGCGAUCAUAACGCCUUAUGCACGGCAUAAAAACGAGCUGAUUCCCUGUUUGCGGAACAACACAUUGACGCAGGUUGAAGUUCAUUCGAUUGACUCGGUACAGGGUAAAGAAUACGAUGUGGUUAUUAUAUCAUUGGCACGGUCGAAUGGUGCUGGAUUUCUGAACAAACCGGAACGUAUAAAUGUGGCGAUGACACGUGCCCGUCAGUGCCUCGUUUUGUGUGGGAAUUUCGCUAAUUUACGUAGCAAACCUGUCUGGUCUUCAUUGUUGGCAGAUGCAGAACAAAGGAAUGUAUAUUGCCAUUUGGAGGACCGUAAUGAAGAGGAGUUCAGGCAGUGUAUGGUGAAUAAUAUAAUGCAGCGACUGCGAAUCACAAAACCGCGAUUCUCUAGUAGUUCGGUUUGAAAUUCAUUUGUUAUGUACAAACUAUUUGAAAUAUUUUUCUUUGCCACCGUUAAUUUAUGCAACCAAAUUCCACGCCGGAUUAAUCAUGGCUGUAUUAUUUAGUUUUAAGAAUUCAUUAAACUGCAUCAACAAAUGACAACAAAUUUGAUUCAUAAUGUGUAUCUUAAAUUUCAUCGUAAUUUGAGAUAGAAUUUUGUUAAUUUUCAAUUCUGAAUAUUAAUUUAAUUUCUUUCAGCAAUGAAGAGGCUAA